AUGACGGAUGGCACGGUUGGUAUAGCAGUUGGGUGUGCGGUUGGGAUUCCCAUCGGAGUGGGGAUUCUUGUAGCGCUUUUUUUCUGGUAUAGGAUGCAGCAGCGGUUCAAACAGGAGAUGAAGGAGGAUCAGAUGUCGAAUUACAAUUACAAUUACGAUGAGGAGAUGAGUUUGAGUGGGAACGGGAUGCUUCAGACGGAAGUGAAGGAGCCUCAGGGGGUUACGCAUGCGUCAUCUGACGAGACGGCGUCGUCGAGCGAGGAGAAGAAGGCGUGUGGGCUGAAGGAUGAGGGAGCGGGCCAUGGCCAGGGCCAGGGCCAGGAGCAGGGUGAAAGUCAGGGUUCAGGCAGCCAGAAGCAGGGCAAGAGACGUUUGUACACACCGGCAUACCGUAAAAGGCUGCAACAGACGGUCCAUUCGAUAAACAAUGGGGCCAGGGCCGGGGAAUUCGAGUCGAACAACUCCAAGAGUACUUCGACUUCGAUCAAUUCGGUCGACACCCCACGGAAACAGAGCAACAGCCAAGUGAACAUCUUUGACCAGAUGAUUCCCGUGCUUCCGGAUCAAACUGCAAGUGCAUCUGGGUCCCUCUUCGAUCAGGAUUCCCUACCAAAACGUAAUACCUCAAACGAAACUCUUCUGAAAACCAUCCAGGGUCAUGGUUCCGGCGCAUAUCCUAGACGUGGGUCGAGCACACUUAUCCAUACGGCUAACAAUGCAGCCCCAGCGCUUUCAUCAAGACACUCGAUGACGUCGCUACAUACGCACUUGUCGUCCGCUAGUCUGAACUCGAAGGCCAUGCCAGAAAACGUGUUCGAAACCCCAAAAAGCGCAAGGGUCGCAUCGCCUGCUCUACCUGUGCCGGGAACGCAACAACAGAACAUCGAGACCGAGGCAGAUAGCCAAGGGGAUCGUGAACAGGAGCAGUAUCGCCUCCAAAACAAUUAUGACAUAAGAGAUGCUACGCAUAUUGCAGAAGAAGAUCAGUACGAAAACGAGUUCACCAAUUAUUCAGAAAAUAAAAGAGAGUUCAUCGAUUCUUUGAGACCAAAGAUCCAAGAUGGGAAUUGA